AUGUCAACAUCAAACUCAACGAGUCGGGUCAGUUUUGUGGAUGUGAUUAUCUUCUGUGGGUUGGAGUCUCUUGGAAUAUGUGCAAUUCUUGGAAAUUUGGCUUUGAUUAUAGUGCUCCUCAACAAUAAGUACUUGCAUCGCGCCAGUUUCAUACUAAUGCUCAACCUGGCGAUUGCCGAUGUCAUCCACGGUUUUGUAACCACGUGCCAUUUCUAUCCUCCAAUUUUGCUCAAACAAAUGCACAUUGGUGAAAUGGCUGUCCGUCUGUUCAACAUCGCUGACUGGACUGCUUGGGCGAUAACACUGACACACAUGUCAGCAAUUUGCCUCGACCGUCUGAUUGCCAUAAUUCUGUACGGAAGAUACAAUGUGUUGGUGACAGUACAGAGAAUCAAAACAUUUAGCAUUUCGUGUUGGGCUCUUUUUCUCAGCACGAAUGUAACAUUAUUUUUUCUGCAAGCUUGUUGCAUGAUUCGACCGCUCGAGUCGUUGAACUACUACAGCUUUGGAUAUGCUGAAAACAGCAACUUCAAUGUGUAUGUACUAACCUACACACCAGUAGAAAUUCUUACGAUAUUGAUACUCUCCUUCAGUAACCCUAUCACAUUAGUACAACUGUAUCGACGUCAUAAAAGGAAAAUAGCACUUCGACAGCAAGGAACUACAAAAAGUGUAUCGACGUCUUCAUCAUCUCUUCUGAAACAACAACGAUCACAGUGGCAGAGGAAUGUCAAAAAACGCGACUCGAACGAACAAUCGAAAUUUUUUAGAGCAAGCACCAUGUUACUGGAAAUGUCUAUGAAAAUGGGAAGUAAAGCUAUCACGAAUGAUGUAAGAGAAAUGGCCGCAAGACGAUCGAACCGUCAACAGCAGCGGAUAUUGCUCCAGGUGCCAUAG